GACCGAGUAUCACAUGCACUGUUACCGACAUCAACAAGAGAGCAGUUAUGCCAAUGCAGUGUCAGGAUCAAGCUAGAAACCUCGAACUUGGCCAUGCACAAUUUACAAGAUGAGGGAACAAUCAGCGCAUUAGAAGAACCACUCCCGGAUUCUACUCACCAGUCUUCCUGUUUCUGAAGAAAAAAUACAUCGGAAGUGCGCAUGACAAUCAACCUGAAAGACUGUAAGUAAAAGUGAAAGUUGAUCACCUGCUCAACUCAACUGAGACAAGAUGGCAUCCAUUGAUCAGAGAAAAAGCGAAGCGGCAGGUGGUCAGUCUGACUCAGUGAUGGACUUCUCAUCAGACAGCACACUACAGGGCCAUGGCAAGUCCCGCAAGUCAAAUGCAGCAAGCAAAGAUGAGGAUGGGAGAGAUUUGACUGCGUUUGAAAGCAGUUGCGUGAUACUCCCACAUGCUGAGAAUGAUAUUGAGGCUCAUAGAAUCUCUAACAACUAUUUGUUUGGUUUGAAAAAAUGGAAGAGUCAUGUAACUUCUCGCCCCCUGUCCACACGAUCUGAAAUAGUCCAGGACUUGUAUGCAGAUAUCAACAAGGUGAAGCCCAUUAAAGUCUCAACUGUCCGUCCAACAAACAUUAUAUAUGCCUGCUUGUUUGGUUGGUGGCUGGCUCUGUUGUACAUCAUCAUCAGUGGACUCAUGUACCUUACAUACAUUGGCAGAUCUUAUGGUAAAUUUUGUUGGAUGAUGGCAUGGUAUUUCUUCUGGCCAUUUGGAAAGUUUGUACAUCAGAUACAUGAUGUCCCACUGUACUCUGUAGCUGAGUCAAGUUAUCGUGAUGUCACAUUAAGACAACCCAAUGGAACAGGACACAUUUCAGAAAAUACUGCUCUUUUGGCAUCAGAUGAGAGCAAAAAUGGACAUCAUUCUGCACGCAAAUCUCUCUUGGUUCGCCCUCAGACAUACAUCUGGUGUAUAUUGGGUAUACCACUCCUCCUGACAGUACACUUCAUUGUGUGGUUCAUCGCCUGGCUUUUUGUCAUCUCAAUUCCAAUUGCAAAGGUUAACAGCAAGACAAUGAUGAAGAUAUUAUUUCUACCCCCUGAGGAGGUUGAUGUUGAGGGCUCCAGUGAGAUGGCUGUGGAUUCCAAGAAGAGUCACAGUGAGAUUAUUAUGUACACGCACCAGUCAGUCAACCUAUACUACUACAAGUAUACUCUAGAUGGAGUCAAUGUUAUACUUGUCAAUCUGUUGAUAUUUGUCUUACUGUCCCUGGUGUUAGGCUACACAGAUACAGAAAACGAGAUCACCGAUGGUGUCACAAAAUGUAUCCUAGGUGUUCUUGCCAUUGUGCCACUGACCUACUACAUUGGGAUGGCUAUUACAAGUAUCUCUGCCCAGAGCAGCUUUGCAAUUGGUGCUAUUUUGAAUGCGACAUUUGGCUCCAUGGUAGAGCUCAUCCUGUUUGUGAUAGUUCUGAAGAAAGGCAAAGACACAAAUAAAGAGUGCUUCCAAGAGCUUGUCAAGUCCUCCCUGGCUGGUACCAUCCUGGCAAGCAUUCUCUUUAUUCCUGGAGUGUGCAUGAUAGUAGGCGGAAUCAAAUAUCAGAUGCAGAGAUUCAACCCUCAGUCAGCAGGUGUCAGUGCUGCCUUGCUCUUUGUAUCUAUUGCUGGUGUGUUUGCACCGACAGUUUUCUCAAAGCUGUAUGGGGACCUUCAGUGCAAGGACUGCGAGCAGGAAAUCAAAGAAAUGGACAUUGUGAACGGCUCUCAUCUAAGCCCAAAUGGCACUAAUGUUACUUAUGGUUUCAAGUGCACUUCUUGUACUCAGUCAGUGGUUGGAUUAAACGGUGACCAGAGUCUGUACCAGCAGCACAUUGAACCCCUUGUGUAUUCCUGUGCGCUGGUCCUGCCUGUGGCCUACAUUGUGGGACUCGUCUACACACUCAAAACUCAUUCUUCACAUGUCUAUGGUGCUUUUGAAGAAGAGCUCAAAUCCAACAAUCACGGAGGUGAAGGAGCCCCGCAGUGGAACAGAAUCAAGAGCACCAUCAUUCUGCUCAUAUGUGCUGUACUGAUUGCACUGUGUUCAGAUCUCAUCACAGACAAUAUACAACCACUUUUAGAGUCAUCAGGAAUAUCAGAGUAUUUUGUUGGAGUGACAAUGUUAGCGGUGGUUCCAGAAUUGCCAGAGGUUGUAAAUGGAGUACAGUUUGCGCUGCAGAACAAUGUCAACUUAGGGAUAGAAAUUGGCAGUUCUACAGCAAUUCAAGUGUGUUUGGUACAGGUGCCUAUACUGGUUCUCAUCAAUCUCAUAUAUCCUUUGGGUUUCGUGUUAAUCUUCCAAGAUGUGCACCUGUUUGCUGUGAUAUUUUCUGUGAUUGUCAUAAACUAUACAUUCCAAGAUGGUAAAAGUGACUAUUUCCAAGGUUCUGUAGUGGUACUCAUCUACAUAGUGUUGAUGCUGAUGUACUUCUUCACUAUAACGCCACCAGAUGCCCAAUGCUGAGGACCACCACCACAGGCAAAGAAAUCAUCCAGAUUAAGAUUUGCUUCAUAUUGGAUUGGAAUACCAGUAUGCCUGGAAAAUCUGCAGAUGAAGCAUUUACACAUAUCAUUUAAUGCAUUUUGUUAUGCCAUAAAACAGAGACAAAAUACAUGUGACCACCACUUCUGUGUUCUGAUGUAUGGUAUGACCUGCCUUAGCCAUAACAUUGAUACCAUCUUAACCAUAACAUUGAUACUAUUGUAAUCAGGUUAGUACCUCAGUGAUCUCUUGUAUUGUCCUUCAUGUUAAGAGCCAGGGGUCAAAGUUCACUUUUUGACUUACUUGUUUAUAGCUAAGUAAAUAUUUUUAAUCAGUAGCCAAAAUAAAACGCUAGUCGCCAUGCAACUUUACCUAUAAAUAUAAGAUUAUGUUUAUUUGAAGUUGUCUGUUUUCUAUUAUAACUUAUAACAGUAAAAGACAUCAAAUUUGAAGGCAAUGUUGCAAUUGUAACAAUGUUAAAUAAUUGAGGAUUAACAUAUUAGCUGGCUCUCAAAUAGAUGUUUGUUUUGAGAACUGUCAAACAUGAUAUGAUGACAUGAUCAUGGAUAGUCACUUUAAAAAGAUACUUUACUUCAAUCUCAAUUUUGUACACAAUGGUGUAUGCCUGAUGUCUUGAAUGAUUGAAAAAAUCAAAAUAUCACUGAAAUUGACUUUAUUUAACUUGUCACUGAUUCAUGUAAAUUGAAAGUUCCCAGAGACUCUUGUAUGAUAGAUGAAGCCAACAUUUAUCAAGGAAAAUAUCUGCUUGUAAAACAUCUUUGCUACUACAUGUAAUACAGCAUUUGAAAGGUCUAAUCCUACUGAUCAUACAUAUUGUCAAAUUUGAGAAAUUUCAGAUUUUGACGAUUUUUUUGGUUAAAAACGUGUUAUUCUGAACGUUUUAAGAACUUCAUGGAUGUAUUGUGCUAGGUUAAGAGCUGUGACAAUGCAUAUAUUUUGGCAUUAAACAUCCGAGAAAUUGAGGCGACGAAAGCCGAGAUCUCAUUUGACUUACAUUACACGCAAUCGCACGAAAACAUGGAAAUAAUAACUUAGCUGUAAGUUUGAUAACUUUUAUAGAUAUUCUUGUCAAUUUUUUAUAUUACUUUGUAUAGUAUAUUUUGCUCUUUGGAAGUCCGAUGUGGACCGGUUGUCAAACUUGAAGUGUGUGUCCAAGAAUAUUAUUUUCAAUAACAUUGCGGGAAAUAGUGUAUAUUUCUUUUAAUUAUAGCGAUAAAAAAUGAUAAAUUGAAAUGGAAUACAUAUUUCAUACAUUGUGAAAUGCAAGAGAUUUAAAAAAUGAAUGAUAUGACAGGUAGGUUCAUAAAAUUAUACACCCUCUAUUUUGAUGUGAUUACGGCCUGGUCAGUCUACCGGCCUUCGGUGUCUGGGGACUUGAAGCUUCUUGGCCAGUGGGUGUACCGGCCUACGGUGUUGAAAGAGUUAAAUUCAUGAUUUUUCCGUACUCGCCACGAGAUAAGUGUUUUAAAAUAUUGCAAUUCUCAAACUUCACUUGCAACUGUGAGCCCUGAGAGCCACCACCAACUAUUUAUUGCCCUUUCAGUAUGAUGGUAUCUGGUAUGUAUGGAAGUACCUUUACGAACACCAACCCUUGAUUGGUAAGAAAGGAACAUGGGAGUUUAAUGCAAGAUCACUCAAGAUACUGUUGUAUUGAUCCAAAUGUUUGUACAUUCAUAUAGUUUAUAUAUAAAUUGAAAGGAACAGUAUGUAUUGUGAAAUACCUACACUAACUAGCCUAUGCAUGGCAAAUGUUUAUCCAUAUUCAAAGUUUAUCUAUGCUUUGAGAUAUAUACAGUUAAUGUCAUACAGAUUAUCAUUAAUCAAUAAACGUUUGGAAAAUC